AUGAAGAUAGACAACAAAAACAUUAUGGAGAUAAUAUCUCAAUUGCUACAGUUAGCAAUUCACUUCAUCUUCCAAAUGUCUCAGUGGGACAAAAUAAUCCUCAGGGUAAUCACCAUGGAAAUCGACCAGGUGGAUCAGGGAUAAAAGGAAACUAUAGUCCAACUAAACAUCAUAGCUUAAAAAUGGAAACACAAAUCAAUUCCCUUAAAAUCCGAAAUCGAGCUGCUGCAUGUGGAGGAGGCGGCGGAGGCGGAAGUGGUACCUUCAACGGUGUUUCUACAAAUGCGGGGCAAACUAACUGUACUAAUGAAACUACUAAUUUUUCAGCUCAACCACCGAUAUCAAACGACACCUUAUGUUUAAAUUCCUUAUCUAAUCAGAUGAUAACAUCAAGUUUGACUCCAGAAAUGGCACUGAAAUUGUACGUUCAUAAAUUAAGUGCAUAUGAACAUCAUGAAAUAUUCAACUAUCCCAAUAUAUAUUUUGUGGGCCAUAAUGCAAAGAAAAGAAAUGGGGUUUUAGGAACGGUAAAUAAUUGUGGAUAUGACGAUGACCAAGGGUCUUAUAUGCAUACUGCACAUGACCAUGUUGCCUAUCGUUAUGAAGUCUUGAAAGUACUGGGAAAAGGAAGUUUUGGACAAGUUGUAAAGGCUUAUGAUCAUAAAACUGGUGUUUACGUUGCUCUAAAAAUGGUAAGGAAUGAAAAACGGUUCACUAAUCAAGCAGCUGAAGAAAUUCGAAUUCUGGAACAAUUAAAACAACAAGAUAAAGACAAUACCCGCAAUGUAGUGCAUAUAUUUGAACAUUUUACUUUUCGUAAUCACGUUUGUAUGACUUUUGAAUUAUUAAGUAUGAAUCUAUACGAAUUGAUUAAACGAAGUAAAUUUCAAGGGUUUCCGCUACAGUUAGUUAGAAAAUUUGCUCACUCUAUUUUGGUCUGUUUGGAUAUGCUACAUAGAAAUAAGAUUAUACACUGUGAUCUAAAACCAGAAAACAUCCUUCUAAAACAGCAAGGCAGAAGUGGAAUUAAAGUGAUUGAUUUUGGUUCAAGCUGUUAUGAAAGUCAGCGUAUAUACACUUACAUACAGUCAAGGUUUUAUCGUGCGCCUGAAGUAAUCCUUGGAUUCAAAUAUGGUACACCAAUAGAUAUGUGGAGUUUCGGAUGUAUUUUGGCAGAACUCUUAACAGGUGCACCUAUAUUUCCAGGAGAAGAUGAAGGAGAUCAACUGGCCUGCAUAAUAGAACUGCUUGGAAUGCCACCGCAAAAGCUACUAGACCAGUGCAGAAGAGUCAGACACUUUUUUUCAACAACGCAUGGAUAUCCAAGAUACUGUAUGGCUACAGAUGCAGAUGGUCGUGUUGUUUUGCGUCCUAGUAAGAGCAAAAGAGGAAAGGUUAGAGGUACACCUGGAAGUCGCUCAUUGGUUACAGCUUUAAAUGGAUGCGAAGAUGCUGUCUUCCUUGAUUUUCUUAGGAGAUGUUUGCAAUGGUUACCAGAAGAGCGAAUGACUCCACGUGAGGCAUUCAGACAUGAAUGGCUUCGUAGGAAACUGCCGAAACCCCCUGAAGUUGGAAAAACAUCUUCCAGUAUUUCAGUAGCUCAUACUACCCAACUACCUCCAAGUGCUCACACUGCUGCCAACACAGCCACAACCAUGACUUUCAAUGCAUCUGUCAGUAUACCAACAUUUGGAAAUACUGUAAGUAAUAUCCCAACAACUGUAAGUGCUGUCAACACAGAUCCUUUGGUUUGUACAUCUUCAGCGGAGAAUAAAUCAUUUCAAACAUCAGUUCCCACUUCCCGUGAUCCUACAAAAAUUACUGCAACAGUUCCGAUUUCAGCUGUAAGUGCAUCUCUAGCCAUAAGUGAACCAAUAUCGAUAAUGUCAGUAAAAAAAUCAGUUAAUAAUACAUACAUUGCUUCAGUCACAGCUACUAUACCAGAAACUGAGUUAGCCAUGACAACGAUAUCUGAUUCCCUUCAAGAUGCAGGUGACAGAAGGAGACCAUUCGAUGAGAAAAUCAUAAGUAUUCAAAAUACAAAAGAAAAUGAAUGCAAAAGAUAG